CUGAACAUCGUCGCGCCAAAUGGUCACGUGCGGUCGUCAAACGUUCAACAUGCUGCCGAUGGCGCCGACGAAUCCUUUUGUGGUGUCCGUUAGCUCCACAACAGCUCCGUCCGCCUCAGCAUCGUCCUCAGCCACCGGUGUCAAUUGCUCUUCCAGCACAAACAGCAGCAGCAACAACAACAACAACAACAACAGCAACAAGCCAAAGCUGGCCUUCAGCAUUGACUCCAUAGUCGGCGCCGAGCCAUCAACGCCAGCGAAGACGCCGACUCAUCCGCAGCGCAUGACUGUUAUUGCCUCGCCACGAGGCGACAGCCCAGUGAUCGCCGCCACAUCGCCCUCCAUUGAGAGGCGAACCCCACGCGGCUUCAUUUAUUGCCGGCGACGGACCUCCUUGGAUGAACGUUCACGAAGUCCGCCCACGCCGGCCAGCCGGUCCCCUUCCCCAGCUGCAGCUGCGCCUGUGGCACCACCCGCUGCACCCAUUACGCUGCCCGGACUCAUUCGCCCGCUUCCGCUGCCGGCUCCAACAAAUCUCACGCUACUUGGUGCUCCACGCUCCACGGAUAGUGCUUCUCCUACGGGCACGGCGCCCGGCAUCCCAUCACCCGUUCGACCCACAGCGGCACCGCCUCCACCUUUUCUCGCCGCCCAGUUCCAAAUGGCCGCCGCCUUGGCACACCAUCAUCACCAGCAACAGCAACAGCAACAGCAGCAGCAACAACAACAACAUCCUCAGCAUCCGCCUGUGCCAACGGGGCCACAUCAUGGCCCGCCGCCACCACCGCAUCUGAUGCCCGGCCAUCCGCUGGGCAUAUUUCCAGGCGGCCCCCAUCCAGGACAUCCACCGCCCCAUGGUCAUCAUCCAUUUGUGGCCGCUCCUCAUCUAAUACGUGACAGCUAUCCGCUCUACCCCUGGCUGCUCAGCCGACAUGGACGCAUAUUUCCACGUUUUCCAGGCAACUUCCUGCUGCAACCGUUUCGCAAGCCAAAGCGGGUGCGCACCGCCUUCUCGCCCACGCAAUUGCUUAAGCUGGAGCACGCCUUUGAGGGCAAUCACUAUGUGGUGGGAGCGGAGCGCAAGCAGCUGGCCCAGGGACUCAGCCUGACGGAGACACAGGUCAAAGUGUGGUUCCAGAACCGCCGCACCAAGCACAAGCGCAUGCAACAAGAGGGCGGCGACAGCAGCGAUGCUAAGAGCAACAAGGGCAGCUCCUCGGGCGGCGGCGGUGGCGCCGGCUGCGAUGGUGACGAGGAUGCCAAACAUGAUGGCUCCCAGCAUAGCUCCACGGAUGUGGAGGACGACGAGGACAUUGAGGAGGAUGACGAGGACGAAGUGAUUGACAUGGACGACUAUGGCAGCGACCUGGAUGCUGAGGAGCAUCAGCGCCUGCGCGAACAGUUCCAGCAGCAGCUUGCCCAGCACCAGCAACAGUUGCUCCAGCAGCAGAACGAGGCAGGCGUCUUAACGCCGCAGCAGCAACAGCAAUUGCUGCACCAUCAUCAGCAACACCUGCAACAACAGCAGCAGCAGCAACAACAACAGCAGCAACACUUCAUGCAGCAGCAACAAAUGUAUUUGCUUGAGAAGGAGCGGGAGCGACAAAGAGAUCGAGAACGGGAACGAUCUCGGGAGAGAGAGCAUGAAAAGCAGUAAUGCCCAUUGAAAUUCGGAGUUGCUUUUGAUUGGCCUAAAGUGUCAGCUAGUUUGUGUUCCUUUGAUUUGUAAAUGACUUAAGUUAAAGUGUAUAAAUUAAUUUAAUAUACAU